GUUGGUCCCGUCGCCCGGUCAGUUCGUCCGUUCAGACCAGGAUAUCGACGAGGUUGGUCCGGCCACCCGGUCAGUUCGUCCGUUCAGACCGGGAAAGAUCAGGUUGACCCCGUCAGUUCGUGCGUUGAGAUCGGGAACCCGUUCAAUUCGCCCGGUCACCCGUUCAGGUUGGUCCGGUCACUCGGUCAUUUUGUCCGUUCACACCGAAAAUCGACCGGGCCCGGUUGUUGGUCCGGUCGCCGGUCAGUUUGUCCGUUCAGACCGGGGAAUCGACCAGGCCCGGCUGACCAGGUUGGUCCGGUCGCCCGGUCAGUUCGUCCGUUCAGACCGGGGAAUCGAACAGGCCCGGUUGACCGGGUCCGGUCGGCCCGGUCACCCGGUCACGUUCA